AUGGUAUCGGUCCCUGAAUUGCAAUUCCUCAAGAAUAAUCGUGUGGUGUCCGACGGUUUUCUUGCGCAAGUUCGUUCGAUGAACUCAGUCGGGAUAAAAACUUCUCAGAUUAUGUCCCAUAUUGCUAUGCAGUCGGGAGGUUAUGAGAGAAUGCCAUGUCAAGUCAGAGAUGCGUACAAUAGAGUCGCAGGAGCAAUUAGGGAAGAAAAACUGGAAACUGAUGCAGAAGGUGCAUUAGGAUUCUUGGACUGUCUUUUUGCGCGAGAUCCAAUUUUUUUUGUGUACCACCAAGCUGACACAGAAAACAGACACGCCAACGUAUUCUGGGCCGAUGGGACAGCAAGAAUUGACUACCGGGCAUUCGGGCAUGUGAUAGCAUUUGACACAACGUACAUGACCAACACGUACAACAAGCCAUUGUGCAUUUUGAUGGGUGUCAACCACCAUUUCUCCACUUGUAUUUUCGGGGCUGGUAAUGAUCCUGGAUUCACGAAAGCAUUCAACAAUUUGAUGUACUCAUUCUACAAUGAGGAGGUGUUUGAGAACAAAUGGAAUGAGUUGAUGGAGACAUAUCAGAUGGAAGACAACGAAUGGUGCCAACUCCAAUACAGAAGAAAGAGAAUGUGGGCAGAAACCUACCUCCAUGUGCAGUUUGUUGCUGGAAUGAGAACAACACAGCACUGCGAGUUAAUGAAUUUCCGCCUUAAAAAAUUCCUUUUGAAGAGAUACACCCUACGUGAGUUCGUUACGGGCAUUGACAUCGUGGUGACAAAAAUAUGGCACAUCGAAAGAGAAAAUGACUUUACAAUGAAGCACAUGCUCCCCAAUCUCCCAUCCUCAGAUGCUCUAAGUAUUUAUUAUGAUCAGUGUGCAAAAUUCUACACCUGA